UUGGCCCAGUUAAAGCUGCUAACUUUCCGCCGGGCUAUGGCUGUUGCCGGUUGCCCUAGGAACGGACACGAGAUGAAUGGACUUUGCAAUUUCCUCAACUUGCACGAUGUGAUCUUGAUAAGACUCCUGUCGCCAGUGGGCUUCAUUUGCUGGGCGGGUGGAGGAGAAGGCAGAUGUGAGGAGAAGAUACACUUGGCAGCAGUCUCGACCGGUCAACAGAGCAAGUGGCCAGCAGGCCCCGGGGCUGCAGUCUCCUCGUCUGCAAAGUCUGCUUACUCCCCGGCCGGGGAGACGAGGUCGAAUUGGCAAGUCUUGCGAAUCCUCCCUGACGCAAUAAACUGUGCUGCCAUGACUAUCGGGAAUUCUCCUACGGCCUUUACAGCCGCUCGGCGUGUCAUGGAUACUCUGAUCAAUAGCCCAUACGUACACUUUACGAGUAGUAUGGGCAUGGGGUUGAAGGCGAUUGUCGCGAUCGGCUUGCCUAAAAGUCUACCGAAGAAGACUAUGCAUAGCGAGCACUAUGGAUAA